CAUCCCCACUCUCAGCAACAUGUCCUACCCAGUGGAAGAGAAGGGCGUCAUCGUCCAGGCCGAGAGCCGCGAUGGCGAGCAAAUCCUUGGUCGCCGGCACAGUCAGAUCGAGAAGGGGCCGGGUCACAUCGACGUGCACGAGGUGGAUGAGAAGGAGCUUGACGAGGCUGAGGACGCCAUCAUCGCCGAGCAGGAGUUCACCCCCGCCGAGUACUCGCGCGUCCGCUGGAAGAUCGACCUCAUUCUCAUGCCCGUCCUCAUGAUCAUCUACGGUUUGCAAUUCGCUGACAAGACAUCUCUGGCUGCAGGCGUCGUAUUCGGCCUGCGCGAGGAUACCAAGCUCGUCGGCAACCACUAUGCCGACCUUACGACUUACUUCUACAUCGGUUAUCUUGUGGCGCAAGUACCUAUGGGCUGGGUUCUCCAGCGCUUCCCACUUGGUCGCGCGCUUUCCGUCUGUGUGAUUAUCUGGGGCGGCAUGGUCAUGCUCCUGGGUGCCUGCAACAACUACUGGCAGCUGUCAAUCGUCCGCGUCCUCCUCGGCUGGUUCGAAUCGGUUGUCACGCCCGGCUUCGCCGUCCUCACCGCGUCAUGGUAUCUCCGCCGCGAGCAAACACUCCGCCAGAGCAUGUACUACACGAUGAACACGCUCUUCGGCAUGAUUUUCGGCAUUGGCAACUACAAGAUUGCGGAGCAGCAGCUCAAGAACGGCGGGCUCGCUCCAUGGCGCUUGAUCAACCUCUUCCUCGGCGGCGUGACGGUCGGGAUGGGCAUCGUGUGCCUCGUCAUCCUCGGCACGCCUAAGGAGGUCUGGUGGCUCUCAAAGCGCGAGAAGCGCAUGGCACACGCACGCAUUGUCUCGAACGCCACCGGCGGUGGCGAGCACCACCCGUGGCGCUGGAGUCAGGUUAUCGAGUGCUUCAAGGACCCGCAGUUCUACAUGGCUUUCCUGGCCAACUUGCUCUGCACGAUCCCCAACGGCGCAAUCACGACUUUCAACACGCUUCUGAUGAAGUCGUUUGGAUACAGCAACCUCGAGGCCAUCAUUUGGCUCUUCCCCGGGUACGCGGUGCAGUCGGGCGUCGUGCUCCUCGCGGGAACCGCCGUCUACUUCAAGCCAAGCCUUCGCUUCCCCAUCGUCUUCAUCUGCCAGCUUAUUUCCAUGUUCGUCUUCCUCUUCGUCGGCCUCGCCGGUAAGGUGCCCGACAAGGUGGGAAACAAUGCGCGCUUCGUCGUCUUCUGCUUCGUCUCUCUCUUCGCCAUCCCCAUGUUCAUGAUGUGGCCCCUCAUGUCGAUCAACGUUGCCGGUCGCACCAAGAAGACUUUCAACGCCGCCAUGCUUCUUGUGGCAUACUGCGUGGGCAACAUCAUCGGCUCGCAGGUCAUGCGCCCCAAGGACGCCCCACUCUACCUCACUGGUCUCACCGCCAUCGCCAUCGUCAUGGCGGUCAACGUCGUCAACUUUGCCGCAUGGUGGUACUACUACUGGAGCACCAACCGGAAGCGCGAGCGUGCCUUCAUUGCCUCGGGCAUCACGAUGGAGCGCCGCGAACACGAGAACCGUCUCGCUGGUGAGACCGACCUCACGGACCGCGAGAACCCGCACUUCCGCUACCUGUGCUAGAGAGGGUAUUAGAAAACGGAGGUAUCGCAGAGAUUGAGAGCUAUUGUGGGACACGAAAGGGCUGGGGAGCCAAGGGGGCGUCCAGAAGGUUGUUUUGUUUGUUGCCAGUGGUUGGUAAAAACUGUAGGAGUUUCAGACGUAGAAGCGAGUAUGAACAUGGUUGCC